AUGGCUGAAACAGCUCGCUGCGCGAUCUGCGCGUUCUCCAGAAACCCGUUUUCGCCAUCGCGAUUCCCAGAGUCCAAUCCGUCGUCAGUAGCGCAAGUUCGCUUUCUAUCCCCCAUACAAGCUCUCAUUCAAGUUCCGGUAUUGACAUCAAUGUCCAAGCGCGCAUCUAGUAUAAAGAUUCAUCACCAGCUUUCAGCGGGAAGGCUUCCUAUCAGUCGGCGGAGAAUUUCCACGUCCUCUCCAUCUGCAGCGCUCUUCUCUCAGCAAAUUGACGACCCAGAUUUCAGCCUACUCCCCAUCGCACGGCCAGAAUUGCACCAGCUUGGCGAGUGCUUCGCGUGCGCCCCGCCCACUAGCCCGCGCCGCCAGCCGCUCAAAGGAAUUAUCACCUUCUUCGGAGGCGCCUUCCUGGGAGCUUCGCCAGACGUCUUCUACAGCUACUUUCUGGACCUUCUUGCAAAGGGCGGCUAUCUGGUAGUGGCUGUGCCUAAUCCAAUCACCUUCGACCACGUGGCAGCAGCUGCUGGCCUGCACGCCCGUGCCACGUCAGCACUCGAUCUGCUCCAGCUGCACGGGCUGCCCUCCGCAGGGAUCUCUGCUGCUGACGUGGACGGUCUGCCAGUCUACAGUGUAGGACACAGCAACGGGGCCCUCAUGCAGCUGCUGAUGGGCAGUCUCGCCACCACCAAGAGAGACCGCCUGCCUGAGGCCAAUGUGAUCAUAGCAUUCAACAACCGCCCGGCGUCUUUCGCAGUGCCGUACUUCGACCAGAUGGGGCCAGCAGUGCAGCAGCUAGCUCCAGCCAUUGAGGCCUUUCCUCUCACUGGCAUUGCGCUGAGUGUGGCAGAGCAGGCGUUGGAAGCUCUGCAGCGCAGCAGCAUUCCGCUGCCACCGGGAGUGGUGAGGAACGACCUUGACCCUCUCGGCCGCUUCCUUGAACAGAUCCCACCCGUGCUCGGACAGGUGCGGGACGGGGUGUCGGAGUUCACACCACCACCGGCGGAGACCAGGAAGCUUAUUGCCUCCUCAUAUGCCGUCCCUCGGAACCUCCUGAUCAAGUUCUCAGUGGACACCUUAGAUGAGACGGACCAGCUGGAGCCUAUUCUCACGGGGCGCAUGGAGGAGAUUGGCGGCUCUCUUUCCACUCUGCUGCUUGAGGGCUCUCACGCCACCCCCCUGGCUCCGGAUGUGUCGUGGCCGGUUCAGGAUGCUUUCUCACCGGUUGAUGCCAUUGCUCAAGGAGUGAAGUCAAGUGCUUUGGUGGAUAUACGAAAGUUAGCCCAAGAGGUUUCGGCUUGGCUAGAUGACCUGUAA